CAGCUGAGGCAGGAGCGAUCGAUGGCAGAGCACCGCGAGCAGGCGCCGACGAGCAUGGCCCGCGACGACGAUAGCUGGGAGCAUGCAGCCGAGGAAGCGGUGAGCAUGAAGCUCUCGCGCAUGCAGAUCCGCGUGCCCAAUGACCCGCCGUCCAAUGAUGGUACCCCGAUGGCGACGCUGUCGAGCCCCGUGAGCCGCGGGGGCGCCGCGGCCGUCUCUGCAGCGUCAUCUUCCGGCCCACUCGAUCCUGUCUUGGUCGGCGCGCUUGAAAACCCUCGCGAGCGCUUGACGUUGCUCAAGUUUGAAGACCAGAUCGUCAGCUUUAUCCGCGCUGGCCGAGAGAUGCAGCUCGUGUUUCCGCCGCUCUCUUCGUACCACCGCCUAAUCGUGCAUCGGCUCGCGGACCGUUGCUUCCUCGAGCAUGAAACGGGGGAUUACAAUCCGUACGCGGGUGGCUUUGACGCAGGGAACGCGGCGCGCGUCGUCACGCUUUUCCGAACGCCGCGCUGCGCCGUACCGCCUGUCCUCUUCAUUGACCUCUCGGCCGAGCAGAACCAGCCAGAGCCGCCGCGCCACCACACGAUCGCGCCCAAGAUCAUGGCGCGCAAGACCAACAACGACAAACAGAAAAAGCAUGCCAAGACGCCGGGCGCCGACGCGCGAUCGCGGAACCUUGAAGACCGCGAGAAGGCGUACGCGGAAGCCCGCGCGCGCAUCUUUGGCGAGACGACCGACGCGCCUGCGAAAGCAGCGCCGACCAAGGCGGCCAAGCAGCCCGAGAAGCCGCGACCGCAAAACUGGAAAGAGAGCAAAGUGACGUGGCGCAACCGCGAGCAAGAGCUCAACGAUCCGGACUUUACGCGCCAUCGAACGCCGUACCGAGCGCCGCCGACGUACCACCAGCACCAGCCGUCGCCAGUCGGAUACUACGCGCCGCGUCCUGUGCUUGACCCGACCAACGAGUACAGCCGAGGAGACGCAAGUGCGUUCCGGCCGCCGCCGCCGCCGACCGCCUACUACCAGCAACCGCCGCCGCGAACGUACUCGGGGUUUGCGCCGCGGCCGAUGCAGCGCGAGAGUAGUUCCAAGCCCAACCUCACGUGCAACGACGACUUUCCACCGCUCGGCCAGUAGAAGCAUUGGACGCGUGUAUAAAGAACGUCCAUUUUAUUAACUAGAC